AGGUACAGCCCUGUACAGCCCUGCCCCGCUCCGAGGAGGAGCCGGGGGGCCCCCAGCGCCUUCCACGUGGCUGGGGGCGCGCUAUAAGCGGGCAGGAAGCCCUGCGGGGGGGAAGGGGAGGGACGGGGCGCCCGGAGAGGCUCCGCGGGCAGCGCAGGCAGACGGCGAGGCGGCGGCGGCCACGGCAGCAGGAGCAGCAGCAGCAGCGACCGCCCUUCCCCUCCCUGGCCAUGGGGCUCGGCGGCCCGCCAGUUCCCCACGCCCCGCCGCUUCAAACUGUUCUCCAUGGCUUAAAUGGACAUCAAAGAACAUCGCUCUGCUGCAAUGUGCAUCCCUGGAUGAUCUGAUCCUUCAUGAACUAACUUCCAAGAAAAAAAAUAGCCGCCCUCUUCUUUCUACAAUUUGGUUUCUUUAAUUUAUGGCUUGCUUCCACAAAGUAAAACUAAAUUUUAAUGGUGAUAUUGCUCCCCUCUAAGUCUCCUGUUAAGCAGAAGGACAAGGGUUUGUCUUUGUUGAAACUUCAUAAAGAGGGGUUAACAGCAGGUCACAGAGAGGUGGAAGAGACUUGGAAGCACUGUGAGAAGCUGAAAGGAAAUACCUAGCUUUGCCUUUUUAAAGCCCAUUUGGAGGAAACAAACCUUCUUCACUUAUGGAUGGGGUAGUGGAGUCGACAUGGUCAGCCUAAGCCUGAUGUGCUAACUGGGAGGUUUCUACAGCACCCUUUCCUUUUUGCCUUACGUUGGACCCUACAUUGUACUUGGUCAGCAGCGACGACAGAACCUGAGCAGGAAAGAUGGUCGUUGUAAGGAGGAGGAAUGUGAAAGUGUUCACUUUCGCCUUUUUGCUCAUCACCGUAACGUCAUUUCUGCUGAACUACACACACCAGGUGACCACGACCACCUGGGAUCCGAGACAUCUCGUCAUGCAGUUUUCAGAGCAAGUCCAAAAACUCUUCAAGUACCCCAGGAGACCAUGCAGCUGUCGCACGUGCAUUUCUGAGCUGGGACACUCCCUCUGGUUCGAUCAGAGAUUUAAUUCAACUAUGCAACCUUUCCUGACCUCACAAAAUGCCUUGAUCCCAGACGACAGCUACAGGUGGUGGCUGAAAUUGCAAGGAGAGAAAACUCCGAAGAAUAUUAAUGCUACUCUCAAGGAAUUGUUUGAGAUCAUUCCUGGGGAUGGGGAUCCAUUGCAGGAGAGAGGCACUUACACAUGCAGACGAUGUGCUGUCGUGGGCAACUCUGGGAACCUUCGGCAGUCUCAGUAUGGCCAAGAUAUUGACUCCCAUGACUUUGUGCUCAGAAUGAACCGUGCCCCCACUACUGGUUACGAAUCAGAUGUUGGGAGCAAGACCACUCACCACUUUGUUUACCCUGAAAGCUACAAAGAACUGGCAGAAAAUGUGAGCAUGAUCCUGAUCCCCUUCAAGACCCUGGACCUGCGCUGGGUUGUCACCGCUCUCACCACAGGCACCAUCAACUUCACAUAUGUUCCGGUUCCACGGAAAAUCAAAGUCAAAAAAGAAAAGAUCCUGGUUUAUAAUCCAGCUUUUAUGAAAUAUGUCUAUGAAAACUGGCUCCAGAAUCAUGGGAGAUACCCUUCCACAGGCCUUCUGUCUUUGAUGUUUGCACUCCAUGUAUGCGAUGAGGUGAAUGUGUAUGGUUUUGGAGCAGACAGCAAAGGUCACUGGCAUCAUUACUGGGAAAACAAUGCUUCAGCUGGAGCUUUCAGGAAGACAGGUGUCCAUGAUGGGGAUUUUGAGUUCAAUGUAACUUUGACUCUUGCCUCCAUUGAAAAAAUAAAUUUUUUCAAGGGCAGAUGACCCUGGCCACGGGGAGAAGUGGGGGGCUGCAAUUUCCAACAUGCAGCAGAACAAAGCUCAGUGAAGAUGAUCAGGGUGCCAGCCAGGUUUGAAUGCGUGAAUCUGCAGUGGAUCUGGAGCGUCUCACUGCUGCAAUGCUCACCGCAGGGAGCUCGGCCAAGGACUGGCUUCCACGCUGCACGUGAUUUCCUAUCUACAGAUAGCUGGGAACUACCAAUCAGAUGUGGGAAUAAAUGAAUCUCUGCUUAGGCUCUGUGGCUUCUGAUGAAAGAUCUGCCGAUUGCAAUUAGGGGAAACCUGGGCACAGGAACUGAUGUUUUUGUGUCCGUUCUUUCCUCGGGUAAGGCAGAAGAUCCUCAAAGAAGAGUGAAAACAACUUCUGGCACCUGAGACCCACCAGGGCAGCUGUGAACAUCAUAGUAAGGAUUACCUCAAAGAAAUGAAUUCACUUCUGCUGUUGAUCUUUUUGAACUGUUUCUUCUGUUUCCUCUAUUACUUCUGGUUCCAUGCUGUAUUAAGGAAAAACAUUAUGAAAUUUCCUGGAGUAGUAAAUAUUUCAACUAUUGCCUCAUUCUGCAUUAUUAGUGUCUAGAAAAUAUGGAUCAAAUCAUCUCUGAUCUUACGUUAUUUAAUAUUGCUUCCUAUACAGCCAUAAUGAGAGAUAAAACAAUACUGAAAACUCCAGCAAAAAAAGUGGCCUUUUAAGCCACUUGUUUGUUUGUCUGGUUUGGUUAUAUAUAAUUUUUAUUUCUCUUUUUUUUUUUUUUUUUAGUGGAAAAUAUUCU